AUGGCUUUAAAAGUAAAUCGAGUACCUGAAAACAUUGAUUUUCCAAAAGAAGAGGAGAAAAUUUUGAGCUUUUGGAAAGACAUCGAUGCAUUUCAAAGUUGUUUGAAACAGUCUAAAAACAAACCAAGGUAUUCUUUUUUUGAUGGGCCACCUUUUGCAACUGGACUUCCACAUUAUGGUCAUAUCCUUGCAGGAACCAUUAAAGAUGUCGUCACCAGAUAUGCGCACCAACAGGGAUUUCAUGUUGAAAGGCGAUUUGGUUGGGAUUGUCAUGGAUUACCGGUAGAGUUUGAAAUCGACAAAAAAUUGGGCAUCAAAGGUCCAGAAGAUGUCGAGAAAAUGGGCAUUGAUAAGUACAAUGCUGAAUGUCGUAAAAUUGUUAUGACAUAUGCUGAGGAUUGGGAAAAAAUCAUAGGUCGCAUGGGUCGCUGGAUCGAUUUCAAGAACGAUUAUAAAACCCUUUACCCUUGGUAUAUGGAGUCUAUCUGGUGGGUAUUCAAAGAGCUGUACAACAAAGGCUUGGUAUAUCAAGGUGUUAAAGUAAUGCCUUACUCAACAGCCUGCUCCACUCCCCUGUCUAACUUUGAGUCUGGACAGAACUAUAAGGAUGUUGUAGAUCCUGCAGUUGUAGUUUCAUUCCCUACAGCUGAAGGGUUCUCACUGCUUGCUUGGACCACCACUCCAUGGACACUCCCCAGCAACAUAACUCUCUGUGUCAACCCAAAAUUGAUUUAUGUUAAAAUAAAAGAGAAGAGUACGGGAAAUUGUUAUGUUCUUCAAGAAAACAGAUUCCCCGUUGUUUUCAAAAAUGUCGAAGAUUUUGAUGUUCUUGAGAAGUUUCCUGGAGAGAAGCUUAGAGGAAUUAAGUAUACACCUAUUUUUGAUUACUUUGUUGAUCAAUGCCCUAAGGCCUUCCAAGUGCUGGUUGAUUCAUAUGUUACAGAUGACUCUGGUACUGGUAUUGUCCAUCAAGCGCCAUACUUUGGUGAGGAUGACUUCAGGGUUUGUUUAGCAGCUGGUAUCAUUACUAGGGAUCAGGAAAUUAUAUGUCCUGUUGAUUCUAGUGGCAGGUUCAUGGAACCUGUUAAAGAUUUCUUAGGCCAGCAUGUGAAAGAUGCUGACAAAAAUAUUAUUGCUAAUCUGAAGGCGCGUAACAGGCUUAUCCAAGUAGGACAAAUUAAGCAUAGUUACCCCUUCUGUUGGCGAUCUGAAACUCCUCUCAUUUAUAAGGCAGUACCUUCUUGGUUUGUUAGAGUCGAACAAAUGAAUCAGGAACUUUUGAAGUCGUGUGAAGCGACCUAUUGGGUGCCGGAAUAUGUGAAAGAGAAGAGGUUUAGAAAUUGGCUGAAAGAAGCUCGUGACUGGGCCAUUAGUCGUAAUAGGUACUGGGGCACACCGAUUCCUUUAUGGAUUUCGAGCGAUAGACAGGAAGUGGUGUGUGUAGGUAGUAUUGCUGAGCUAGAAGCUCUGACUGGCAAAGAGGUAAAAGACUUGCACAGGGAAAGCAUUGAUCAUUUGGAGAUUCCGUCGUCUCGCCCUGGGCAACCACCGCUUAAGAGGGUAUCUGAAGUUUUUGAUUGUUGGUUUGAAUCUGGUUCUAUGCCUUACGCACAAUUCCACUACCCAUUCGAGAACAAAAAGGAGUUCGAAGACAUUUUCCCUGCGAAUUUCAUUGCCGAGGGCAUUGACCAAACGAGAGGCUGGUUUUAUACUCUUAUUGUCUUAUCAACCGCUCUAUUUAAAAAACCACCCUUUAAAAAUCUGAUUGCAAAUGGUUUAGUAUUAGCUGCCGAUGGUCAAAAGAUGUCCAAGAGGAAGAAGAACUAUCCUGAUCCUCUAGACGUAGUUAACAAGUACGGAGCUGAUGCUUUGAGGCUUUAUCUUGUUAAUUCGCCAGUGGUUAAAGCAGAGAAUCUAAGAUUCAAAGAAGAGGGUGUACGGGAUAUUAUUAAAGACGUGUUUUUGCCUUGGUAUAAUGCUUUUAGGUUUUUAAUGCAAAAUGUUGAGAGAAUUGUCCAAGAGGACAAAAUCGACUACAGGUUUAAUGAGAAGGCAGUAAGGGAAAAUGUUAUGGAUAAGUGGAUUACGUCAUUUACGCAAUCGCUAAUCCAAUUCGUGAAAAAGGAGAUGGCUGCGUACAGAUUGUACACCGUCGUGCCAAGGCUAACGAAAUUUAUCGAUCACCUUACCAACUGGUACUUGAGAAUGAACAGGAAGAGGUUGAAGGGAGAAAAUGGAGUCAAGGACUGUCAGGUUGCCUUAGACACGUUGUUCGGUGUCUUAUUCGAUAUGGUGCGAGUGAUGGCUCCCUUCACACCUUUUCUAACAGAACUGAUGUACAAGACACUGCGUCAACUUUUGCCUGGCAGUUCACUUGAGAGUGUACACUUCAAUAUGAUAUCAGAGCCAAAGUUAGACUUAGUGGACGACGAUAUCGAAAGAGCUGUUCAAAGAAUGCAGAGCGUGAUUGAAUUGGGAAGGGUAGUGAGAGACAGAAAGACAGUACCGAUCAAGUAUCCUUUGCCGGAAAUGAUUGUCAUUCACCGUGACUCCACUUAUUUGGACGAUGUCAAAUCAUUAGAAAAAUAUGUCCUAGAAGAGUUAAAUAUCAAGAAACUGUACUUAACCAGUGACAAAGAAAAGUACGGUAUUACAUUAAGAGCAGAGCCUGACCACAAAAUUCUUGGAACAAGAUUGAAAGGAGAUUUUAAGGCUAUCACUCAAGCUUUGAAGGGUCUUAAUAACCAGCAGUGUGAGAAACUUAUCGCUGAUGGGUUCAUCGAAUUAUUGGGGCAUCGCAUUGAUGUUUCGGAAGUGAGAAUGAUAUUCCAGGCACAAGGCAACGACCAAUAUGAAGCGCACAGCGACAACGAUGUGCUGAUCCUUCUAAACGUCACUCCCGAUCAGGACAUGCUUGAUGAAGGUUUUGCUAGGGAGAUAAUAAACAGAGUUCAGAAGUUACGGAAGAAAGCGCACUUAGUGCCAACAGACGACGUGAACAUUUACUUCUCUGUCAAUAAAACCAGCGAUAUAGUGCGUAUAAUAAACUUGCAUCGCGACUUCAUAGAGACUACAGUGAAAGGGCCUUUGAUACCCAUUGAACAGAUCAAGCCUUCAAUGCCUGUAGUUAUUGAGGAGACGCAAGAACUCAAGGGUUCUCUGCUAAAACUGGUUAUUACUUGGAGAAAGGAAGUGGAACUUCCUGCUAACCCUUGGGCGAAUGUCGUGCUACAAGAUCUUACUCCUCGGUUUGGGGUUACGAGUAAGCAAGGUAGCAUUAUUCUUAAGGAUAAAACCAAUAAGUUUAUAAGCUUAGAGAACCUCUACAAAGAGAUCCAAGUUCUUUUUGGUCUGUAUGGUUUGAAAUUUACGUUAUGGUGUGAUGGGGUGGAGGUAACAGACACAACAAGUCUGAGUUCUAAAACAUUGGUAGCCUCUGUAAACAAACCGAAAGAUUUCGAGUCUAAAACCAGCCCAUUCUGCAAAUUUGUCAACAUCGCAAAUGGAAUUAAAUCUGCAACUUUGUUCUUAGAAAAUCCUGUAGGAAAGUCUACUUUGAAUCAGGAUGAUGCAGUGAAAUUCGUGUCAGAAUAUUUGGGAAUUAAAACUGGUGACGUCGACAAGAAAUUAUUAAAAUAA